AUGGUAUUCAUCCAUGGAGAGUCCUACGAUAGCGGCACCGGCAACGCUUACGACGGCAGUGUCCUGGCCAGUUACGGCAGGGUGAUUGUCAUCACACUCAAUUACCGGCUCGGCGUCUUGGGUUAUCUCACUGCUGGAGAGAAUACAAACAUCGCUUCCGGUAACUAUGCCCUGUUAGAUAUCAUUGCCGCUCUUCACUGGGUGAAGGAAAAUAUUGCCAACUUUACAGGGGAUGCCGGGAAGGUCACGUUGUUUGGACACGGUUAUGGCGCUGCUUUGGUCAAUCUCCUUCUUGUCUCCCCUCUUACAAAAGAUGGCAAACUGUUUCAGAGAGGAAUACUUCAGAGUGGUUCGGCGUUAAGCUCGUGGGCUGUGGCUGACGAUCCCGUCAAAUGCACGAGAAGGUUGGCAGAGUCUGUCAACUGCUCACAACACAUGAACAAUGCUCAGGCCUUGGUUAGUUGUCUUAGAAAACUGUCCACGGACGACUUGGUGCAGAUCGCUCCAGAGUCCCCCAAAUAUUUCAACUGCUUCGCACCCAGCGUAAGCACGCGAAGCAGCGUGAUCCCCAAUCCCGUAGAACUCCUUCACAAAAACCCGAACUCGGUAUUCAGUCAAGGUUCUUUGAUGUUCGGAUUGACGAAAAACGAAGCAGUGUCGUAUUUCACCGAAGAAGAAGCCGAACAGGGGUUAUCAGCUUUGAGAAAAGCUCAAAUUAUCCGGACGUAUGUGCAUAACACGUUUAAAUACCAUCGCCAAAAGAUAUACGAAAUCUUAGACCAUCACUACACAGAGUGGGAUCGUAGCAUUAAUAACUUAACACGUCGGAAUGCCGUGAUGGAGUUGCUUACUGACGGCCAGUAUGUAGCUCCCUUGGUUAAAGUGGGAAAUUACCACGAGGGCAACGCUGGAACCUUUUUCUACAGCUUUUCCUAUUCGUCACGAGGAGAGAGUCAUCGCCGCUGGUCUGGAGGCGUUCACGGGGAAGAGUUGUCGUACGUGUUCGGAGCACCCCUAGUGGGUGGCAUUGCGCCGUUCCAGGUCACUGAGUAUUCCAAACCGGAACGUCAGCUUAGCGAGGCAGUUAUCACGUACUGGACGAAUUUCGCCAAAACUGGCGAUCCAAACCUUCAAACCUUAGAAAACACAGUGUCCCAUAUUGGGAAACCACAUGGAAAGUUCAAGCACAUUCAAUGGUUGGAUUAUACCACUCAGAACCAGACCUUCCUUCAAAUAUCUAUGAGACCGAAGCUGGGAACGCAUUAUCGCGGAAGACAGCUGGCUCUGUGGCUGGACCUCAUACCGAAGCUUCACAAACCAGACGGCGCUGACCCCAAGCAACACCUGCUGAAGGAUUACCAUAAUAUGACCACCUUCGACAGUCCCGAUAAACUGCUUCAUGUCGACAAUUUUUUUCCACCUCCGACAACAACGCCAGACAGAUCUGUGCAAACAGCCAUAAUGGGUGAUACUGAAGGCACGACGGAUAGUCUGGAUACCGGUGCACUCUCCGGUGUCACGCGGGAAAAUUCCAAACAGGAAGUGACGUUGUCUUCUCCAACGCACCAAUCAAUAGAUGGCGGAAACUCGAGCUCAGCAGGUGGCUUUAUCAUGGGAGACCACUCCGUCCAAGUCAGCAUUACUAUAGCUGUGGGAUGUUCUUUGCUCUUCUUAAACAUUCUGAUAUUCGCGGGAAUAUAUUACCAAAGAGAAAGGAUUAAAAAAUUGAAAAAGUCAACAGCGGAACCGGAAGGGCUACGGUUGAACCGUAAACCGGAAGAGGAGAACGGGCGUGGCAACGGACCGGAAACAAUUAGCCUUUUGUCAACGCCUGUUCCCGGUUCCACACAGGUCCCUCAUCUUAAGGGGGACCCAGACUGCGGCUGCCCGCCGCCCACUUUAAAAUCUACGUCCACAUAUGUGCCUAUGCAUAAACUGCCUUCUUUCUCAACAAGUCAGCCUAAACCUUCAGUGACGAUAGGACCAAAUUCGAGGGGCCCCCCUCCCUCACGGCCCCAGUCAAAUCACAGACUUGGAACGCAAGUCAGUGUACAUACUAAACCUAUAGACCAUAUGGACAGUAAUAGUGCUGUCACUAUUGUAUAAUAUACGCGCUUCCGAUUUAAAUUAUUGUAUCGUUGACUCACACCUUGACAGCAUAGUAGCCGCGGGCUUUGAGAAGCAAUGCCUGUACACAUCGCCAAUAUAUGCAUCCGAAAAAAAUACAUAUUCUCAUGGUUUACAAGCAGCAUAAUUGAUACGCGCACAUGCACAAGUGGGCGUCUUCCUCAGUGAAAGCAUGGGCAAAUGGAGUCAACUUUCGUGCACUGACGAAUGGAGCAUAUUCAUAUUCGUUGUGUGUUGAGGCAUUCACUAAUUGUAUAGGCCUGUCUGGUGGAAUGCAAGAGUUGCUGUGAUCGUUAGUUGUUGUGUUUGAUUUUUGGUGUAUGUUUUCUUAAGUCUCUCCGCAGUAGCUGUGUGGAAUGAACCGUAUCUUUGGUAGCUCAAGUGUCUAACGCGUUACGGGUAUACUAUUAAUCCCAUUGAUGAACUGAAACAACGGAUGACUUUACCUAACUGCAUAAAGAGAAACUCAGAUGAGGUUUCUUCUGUGUACUCUGCAAAAAACAUAUAGCCCUUCGUCACCAAAGAUCGUCAAUGUUAAGACUUUCACAAGAGUUCAUUGGAACAGAACUUUAGGCAUUUCUUUUAUUCUCCGAACACAUAUGCAAAAAUCAAAAAUAUUGACUCUAACGAAUCCUAAGACUCUCCCUAAUAUCUCACAUUUGUUUCAUCUACUUUGUGUACCGCUAGGCUUCCUUGUUCACGUUUAGCCAAAAGAAUCUUCAUGAAGUUUUCUUCAUGCAUGAUGUCAAGACUACCGGAGAGGCGACAAUAUUGACAAACAUACAAUAUAUAAUCAAGCUCGGAUAAUAACACGUUUGAUUUGUUCAUGCAGGCUUUAACAUACAUUUUGAUGAAGCUUACUCCCCACAGAUGGAGUUGCUUUCCUUGAUCAAUCCUUAAUUUUUACCAUAUCUUGUACAGUAUUAUUACAGUAAUGAUAGUAAUAUCAUUCCAAAUGAGAUAUCAGUUGUAUUUUGCUGUUAUUGGGUUUAGCAUUUCUUUUUUUAAGGUGUGAGCUUUACUGAGGCGAAUCGCCUGCCUGACUGAUUGUUGAUGGCAUUUCUUAUGAAAUGGAUGCAGUGUUUUUGAAACUACCACGAAACUACCAUGCAAUACCACGUCUUCGGUUUUCCACAGAUUUGGGAAAAACGAGUAAAAGAGAAAAUAAAUGGCAAUAUUCACCUUUCAAAAGUACGAUAUUCAAACAUCUGUCAGAUUUUAUCACGGUCAAACAGGUUCUUUCUCAUUGCAGAGCUGUUUUAUAUAUAUUCCUAGCCUGUCGCAACAAUGUCCGUAGAAUUCACAAUACAUUUCCUGAAAAAGGUAUAAAAAAACACGGUUGAAAAUGUUGAGCCUUGGGCUUCAAAAAAUGGGACCCUUUUGAGCUGAUAAAGGGCGGGGGGUGGGUGCAUUUUCCCAUUCAAAUAUUGCUUGAACGGAUUGGUGUUAAUGUAUUGUUAAUGCCGGCUCAAUAUUCCCUGUUAUAUCUGGGAGAUAGACAUUACGGUUAUUAUUAUCUAAACACCAAACGAAUGUCUAUUCACUGUGAUCAUUGCACAUGGAUAACGUGUUAUUAUAUGUUAUUACGUAUGCUUCCUUGCAUUUCUGCAGUUGUGAGUCUUCCGUAAAUCAAAUGCAUAAAAGUCAUGUACACUAAACAACUUUCUUGCAUAGGCUUGGCAGUUUCAGUUGACUGACAAAAUGUUCCUUGAAACGGAAAUGCCAGUUUCGGCGGGCUACAAGGUCUACUUUCUCGUCAAAGCGUUUAACAAGACACCAUUGUAAUACUGAACUUCCUUCAGAGUGACUGGGUGAUAGAAUGCGUUUGAUUGACUGCUAACGUGGCGAUGGUGUCACAAAACAAGAGGCCUACAUUGUUGAUUAUUAUUGUCAUUAUUAUUAUCAUGGAAAUGAUUUUGUGUGUAUUGCUGUUAUCAUGAAAGAUCAUCAACUGUAAUCACGCGCAAUCUUGUAACAAUAAUAGAAACAUUCACCCCACCAUUUGUAUUGUUCAU